GGGGAGACUGCUGAGGCGACAACAGAGGCGACGGCAGCCGCUGCGGCGGGUGAGGACCCUGGCGUGAAGGGCGGGGGGUCUAACACCGACCAUGCGUGCGGCGGAUCUGCCCGUGGUGAGAUCGGCGCGAUUCUUCUCGACGACAGGGAGCCUUUCGCGGAGAUCGGGAAGUCGUCGUGUGAGACCCAAGUUAUCUUCAGAACUACCGCACUGAUCCGUACAUGGUCGUUACUAACUCCUGUGGCAGUCAGGGAGCCUAUGGUUACUGGGUGUGUCCGUUGGAAGAUGGUAGCACAGGGUAUCUUCAACCGGUUUGGAUGGCGGCAUAUUAAUAGAAUAGGUGUUUAGACAUAUACAUCCUUUAGCCACUUCAGGCCUCGGCGCGCUGAUCGCCAUGUAUCUUUUUAUUUAAACUUUUUUCCUUUCGUCAGUUUUGUACUUUGUGAAGACUCUGUUUGCUUAAUAUAUGGCUGUAUGCAUCUCCCGAUGCAGAGGCCGGGGCGAGGCCUCCUUUUCUAAAAAAAAUAUAAAAGUUUCCCUUUUUUUUCUUCUUUUAGUAGAACAGAAGUAAGAUAGCAUACUCAACUUGUAUCCGCCCUUCAUUUAUACAGGUAUCCCAUCAUACAGUGAUCCCUUGAA